UUUUGAUCAGGUAUAAAAGCGGGGGUUAAAAUGAACAGGACAGCAGCGCAGCAGUGACAGACACAGCAGGAACAGCUCACCUACAAGUAUGUCUACCACUGACAUGAGCAUGGGCAAGAUCAUCUUCUACGAGGACAGGAACUUCCAGGGUCGCUCCUAUGAGUGCAUGAGCGACUGCCCUGACAUGUCCUCCUACCUGAGCAGGUGUCACUCCUGCAGGGUGGAGAGCGGCUGCUUCAUGGUCUACGACCGUCCCAACUUCAUGGGAAACCAGUACUUCAUGAGGAGGGGCGAGUACUCCGACUACAUGAGCAUGCUUGGGAUGAGCGGUGGCAUCAGGUCUUGCCGUAUGAUCACCAUGCAUAGAGGCCAGUUCAGGAUGAAGAUCUUCGAGAGGGAGAACUUCCAGGGACAGAGUCAUGAGCUGAUGGAAGACUGCGACAACAUCAUGGAGCGUUACCGCAUGUCCGACUGCAUGUCCUCCCAAGUGAUGGACGGCCACUGGCUGAUGUACGAGCAGCCCCACUUCAGAGGCAGGAUGAUGUACCUGAGGCCCGGCGAGUACAGGAGCUUCAGGGAGAUGGGAAUGGGCAACAUGAGGUUCAUGAGCAUGAAGCGCAUCAUGGACAUGUGUUAGAAAUCUUCAUUUUGAAAUAAAAAUUAAGGAUUAACUAAAAA